UGGGAAAGGUCGUUGUCCCGGCUACGGUCAUCACUGUACGUACAUACGUCCGUGUAUGGUGUGCAUGCUGUACAUGUACAUGUACAUUGUACAUGUAGUUCUCGAGUGUUGAUUGGGAUGGUUUAAGCCAGAUGUUUCAUUUUCAGGUCUCAAUAUCACAAGACGUCAUGUAACUGGAAGCAGUUGUUCCUGAAGUUUGACCUUACUCUGGCCUCACAGUUUGGAUGCCUCAACACAAGAAGUCAAAAUGAGAACUUAGUCAAAGAAUAGACAAAUUGAAGACUGAUUCCAACAAAGUGGCCAUUGCCGGCAGUGAAGAUGUUCACCAUUCACCACCAGCCCCAACUUGCCCUGUGGCUCAAGGAACGAGAGAAACCACAGCGGCUGAAAACCAUCAUGGAGAAAGAGAGGAAGUCGGAAUUCUUGAGACAGGCGGAAGAAAAAGGAUACCUCCAGUCACCGACAAAAAGUUACCUCCUUGAGAGAGGGAAGGGCAGAGCUAGCAAGAAGGAAAUGUCAACUAAGAGAACGCCGUCAGUGUCGGACAUCCAUCUGGUGAAACUCUGCAGCGUGCAUCUCAUGAAUCUUGGGCAGAUCCAGCUUCUGACACGGUUGAAGAUCUGCAUCCUCCCCGGGAACUACAUCACAAGCUUCGUGGCCCUGGCCAACUGUGCCGAGCUGGUGAAGUUGGACCUUCACAGCAAUCAGAUCUCCACCCUGCCGGGACCCGAGUUCUGGCGUUGCCUGCCCAACCUGAAGGUCCUCCACCUUCACAAUAACUGUAUUGGCAAACUGGACACGUUGCAACACGUGGGUGAGGCAGGGGCCAUUCAGGUUCUGACGAUGUACGACACACCGGUCAGUUUGAAGAAAACUUACAGACACCACAUUGUCAACAGCAUCUGGUCCUUGAAGGCUCUAGACUAUUAUGUCAUCUCAGAUGAAGAAAUCAUUGAAGAUGCCUCAUUUGGAGGUCAUUUUGCUUCAAUGAAUCCAUCCUUCCGAUACAAUCCUGUUCCUCACUCAAAGAAGGAUUCUACCUUUGAGGAUGAGAUGUCACUCAUCCGGCAGGUCCUGGAGGAAGUGUCUAAUAUCCAGGCUCACCAUUCUCCCGUCCUCAUCAUCCAGAAAGCUAUCAGAGGCUUCCUAGUCAGGCGACAACACAAGUUACUCCUGGACACCAAAAUAUGGGCCUCAGUAUGCAUACAGAGAUUUUGGAGACACUUCAAGGGUCUCGAAUGGAAGCCCCCAGCCAAACCAUCCACCCCCACACAACCCCCAACCAAACCCCAGAUGCAACCUCCAUCCAAAUCCCAGAUGCAACCCGCAGCAGCACCCAUUGUUACCAAGACAGACUCGCCCCUACCCCCAGUAGCCCCAUCCAUCACCGAUGGCUCCACCGUCACUCGGAUUGACUACGACACCUAUCUGGCCAACCGCCGACCAGGUUCCAAAACUCCUAGCAUGGUGUCCUCCGCAACAGCUGAAAGGAAAGCAGUAAACUUGGAGGAUAUAAGAAUGACUGGCUACUCAGAGAAGGAAACUGGUUUCAGCAUGGCUGCCAUUUCCUCAGCAACUCCUUGUGUUAGUGAGCCAUUGUCCUCUAUGCGUAAGCGAACCAACCUCCACAUUGACCUGACAAAACUCCAGACUGACUCCAUGUUCAAGAACGAUGAAGCGAGGCAGGCCAUCGUCUUUGAGACGAGCAUCGAUGAGGGUAUCGGCUCCUUCUUUGGUCUCAGCAAGCCCCGAGAACAAGGUGUGGAGCCAGUCAGAAGCGUCAAGAAACUCAGGAAAGAAAGACAGCCUAAGGAGAAAAAGAAGGAGUUUAGAACUGUCAAGCAGAUGCUUGGACCACUACCAAACCGCCAACUAGAGAGGGACCGGGACGAUGGAACUGACUCAGACGAGGAGGAGCCUCCGAUCAAGUUCCGCCUCUCAGGGUUGAAGUCGGUCAUGCAUGAUGUAGAUUUGCUGCAGGAGAUGUUGAUUGCAAGACGCGAGGCGGGAGAAGACAUUCGGAAUGCCCACCGAGAUGUGAUUGAUAGGACAUUACACGAAACCAACCAGAAGUCGGUCAAGUCAAAAAUGGUCAACGCCGAUCAGAGGCUGUUUGCCAAAGUUCAGGGAACCAUGGGAAUGUCAUGCUUGCGGGCUGUUCAGCAGGCCUAUAGGGAUCGCGCUAAGGUUGAGAAGUUGGCAUCAACGGUGGACAAAGUGAUGUCCCUGCGUGAGAUGAGGGAAUCCUCCAAGCAGCGGGCAAGGAACUUCCUAGAGGAGAAACGCCUUCAAGCCCUGAAGAAAAAAGACGUGGAUGCCAGCACCAUUGUAGACUCUCUAGAAAGACAGGCUAACCUUGAGAAAAUUGAGAAAGCCAAAAGAAAAGAACGGCGCUCAAAAUCUCAGGAGCUGUCUAAAACUUUCAACCAUGACAAAUCAUUUGCUGUGGACUUCACUGGGCAGAAUACGUCCAUCUCCAAUGCUUUAAUCAGACAUGACCGACAAGCGAAGGACGAAAUGUCACUCCAGGCCAAAAAGGACAUGGUCGAAGGGGAGCGCGAACAUAACAAACACCAACUCGAGCUAGUCCAGAAAUACCUAGAACACCGACAGAUGAUGAGGCAAGCCCAGGUCGCCGUGGAGCGAGCUGCUCUAGACACUAGGAUGCUGCAGGAGGCAAAUGAACGCCUCAUGGAGGCCAGAGCUCGGAUCACCCAGCAGAAACAGAAGUCCAAAUCUGUCCAGGCCUUCUAUCCCCUACCCAAGACAGCUACAGACCCUGUCUUACCCCCAGUUAACCAGGAGGGUAAACCAGAUCGCUUCCAUACCCUUAUUGCCAUGUAUGAAGGGAGGGUUGGAAACCACCCCACGGUAGUUAACACAUAGUGUUUAGUUGAACUUAUAAAACGCGUCUGUAAUGCACAAAAGGUGCUUUUUUUGAAUUGCUUUCUAAUUAUUAAUGUAUGUAUGUCAUUCUGUUAACAGUUCAAGUGAAUUUGUGGGGAUAAUCUGCCAAUUUGCUCAAAAAGAAGCAUUUUGUUCUAGUUGUACGAUUGGUAUUGCAGAGAGAUAAAUAAAUUUACCCAAAGUGUCUUGAAGAAUUACAAAAAUGUGUUUAAUUGUUCUUUCAGUUAAGUGAUCUCAUUUUACAUUUAAAAUGAUUUGAACUAUAUGUGUAGUUGUGCUUUUUAGCAUUAAUUGAGCAAACAGUAAUACCUUCUUGCUAGUGUACUUGAAAUAUCCGAUGCUAACAUAAUACAAUAGCUGUUAGUGACGAAAACUUGACUGCUAACCUAACUAGUUAGGAAAAGAAUAUUCUAUCGUAUUGAACAUUUGACAUCAAAACUAGACACCUUGCCGUAUUGAAACCUCUUGGUCCUAAAUAGUCAUUUCUUUGUGCUUAUUGUCGGACAGGUAUUUUAGCUUUAGUAGAAAAUCUUACCAUUUGACGUACGUGUACACAGAAGGCUCUGAAGUUUCCUUUUAUGUAACAGCAUUUUGUAUACGUGUAUACAUUAUGUCAGUUCGUUUUUUAGUGUACUAUGGCAUCUGCUGUCAGAAUGUUUUAUAUGUGUACAUUAUCUUGAAUUGAAGUUUAACUUUCCCAUCAUUUUUCAGUUUGCUGCUUGUUUCCUUUGCAGUUUGAAAUUAGCUGUAACACCUGCUUAGCAGGUCGUUACUUUGGCAGAGUCUUUUGCUCUUGGAUUUUUGUCUCAAACAUUUUAUUCAGUUGAUUGAAUCAAUAAAGACUGAAGUCAUUUCUGGGAUUCGAAAA